AUGACGCUGGAAGGCAAUAGUCGGCUAACGAAUUUGAUGCAGGAUUCUUUGGCCGACAAGCUGUCGACCGUGACGAUCACUCCCGGAAUCGAGUUUGAUCCCGAUGUUUCCGAAAUUCUGCCGAAGGACGGUCAGGAGAACAUCCUCAUCACUUCUGCGCUUCCAUACGUGAACAACGUUCCGCACUUGGGAAACAUCAUUGGCAGUGUUUUGAGUGCCGAUGUAUAUUCUCGCUACAUGAAGGCGCGGGGUACGAACGCUCUUUUCGUUUGCGGCACUGACGAGUACGGUACUGCGACCGAGACCAAGGCUCUUGAGGAGGGUGUGUCUCCGAAGGAGUUGUGCGACAAGUACCACGUUCUUCACAAGGAGGUCUACGAUUGGUUCAACAUCAAGUUUGAUAAGUUUGGCCGCACGACGACUGAGCUGCAGACCGAGAUUGCGCAAGAAAUCUUUACAGAUCUUUUCAACAACGGGUAUCUGGAGGAGCAGUCGAUGACUCAGCUGUUUUGCGAAAAACAUCAAGGCUUCCUUGCCGACCGAUUCGUCGAGGGUGUUUGCCCCCGCUGUGGAUACGAAGACGCGCGGGGAGACCAGUGCGAUGUGUGCGGCAACCUGCUGAAUCCGUUUGAGCUGAUCAACCCCCGCUGCAAGAUUGACGGAUCGGCGCCUGUGCCGCGGGACUCGAACCAUAUCUUUCUGUCGCUUGAUAAGCUGCAGCCGGAGCUUGAGGCGUGGAUCAGCAAGGCGUCUGAGGAGGGACAUUGGUCGAAGAACGGCAAGAUGAUUACCGAUUCCUGGGUUAAGGAGGGUUUGCGCCCGCGAUGCAUCACUCGUGAUUUGAAGUGGGGAACGCCUGUGCCGCUUGAGACGUACAAGGACAAGGUGCUUUAUGUUUGGUUUGACGCCUGUAUCGGAUACGUGAGUAUCACGGCGAACUACACCAAGAAUUGGCGCUUGUGGUGGAAUCAGCCCGAGAAGGUGAAGCUGUACCAGUUCAUGGGCAAGGACAAUGUGCCGUUUCACACCGUCGUGUUCCCUUCGUCUGAGAUUGGAACUCGGAAGGAGUGGCUGAAGCUGCACCAUAUAUCGACUACAGAGUACCUGCAGUAUGAAGGCGGCAAGUUUUCGAAAUCGAGAAAUGUGGGAGUGUUUGGCAACAACGCGAAGGAGACCGGCGUGCCGUCGGACGUGUUCCGCUACUACCUGUUGAUGGCACGGCCCGAGACCGCGGACACAGUUUUCUCCUGGAGAGAUUUCAUUUUCCGCAACAACAGCGAGCUGCUGUCGAACAUUGGAAACUUUGUGAACCGGAUCGUCAAGUUUGUGAACGUCAAGUACGAGAGCACGAUCCCGGAGUUUGAUCCCUCUGCGAUCGAGAACUACGAGUCUGGGUUUUUGGCGGACGUGAACCGGAUUCUGAAGAACUACAACGAGACGCUGACGAACGUGCAUCUCCGGUCUGGACUCGAGAUUGCGCUGUCGCUGUCUGCUCGCGGCAACCUGUUUUUACAGGAGAACGGCAUGAACAACACGCUUCUGGUUGAGAAUCCUGCGCGCGCGAACGCGGUGGUUGGUGUUGGUUUGAAUCUUGUGUACUUACUCUCGUCGGUUCUGUACCCGUACCUGCCGACGACGGCCGAGGGGAUGGUGAAGCAGCUGAACGCGCCGCUGAGGAAGAUUCCGGAUGAGUUCUCGCUCGAUUUGAAGGCGGGACAUAAGAUCGGAAAGGCGGCGUACUUGUUUUCGCGGAUCGAUCCCGAUAAGGAGGAGGUUUGGCGGAAGCAGUUUGGCGGCGAGCAGAAGGUUGAUGAGGAGGCUGAGCGUAAGAAGGCGGAGAAGCAGCGCAAGAAGGAGGAGAAGAAGCAGAAGAAGGCAGCCGAGAGAGCGGCUGGGAAGGCAGCAGCUGAGGCUGCCGCUGCCAGUGCCGAUGCUGCUGGUGCCGAGGAGACGAAGACUACGUAG